AGUUUGCUGUUUUGUGUCUUUACAAAUUACUUCAUUUCCUCUCGAUUAAAAAUGGAAGAAAGUAAUAGAAAUUCUAUGGCAUUCCCGAAUAUUCCUUGGCCUAGACCAAUAAAUGUGCAAUCUUUUUUUUCAUCAUUGAAUAAUCCUUUGAAUUCAAGUAGAGAGCAGAAUCCAGUAAAUGAAGAGAGGAACCCAUUUUGUGCGCCAUCAAGAGUGUUACAAAUUGCGAAUUUUGUUAGCGAAUGCCUUGAACAGCAUUCGUCAAGCAACAAUCAAAACGAAAGUGAUAUGCCAACCAAGAAACAGAAUGAAGGCGAUUUGUCAACCAAGAAAAAAAACGAAGAUGAUCUAUCAGCCAAGAAAGAAAACGAAGGCGAUCCAUCCGUCAAGAAACAGAAUGAAGGUGAUCGGUCAACCAAGAAGCAGUGCGAAGAUGAUCUAUCAGUCAAGAAAGAAAACGAAGGUGAUCCAUCAGUCAAGAAAGAGAAUGAAGAUGAUCUGCCAGCCAAGAAACAGGAUGAAGUAGGCUCGCUUCCAACAUCGAACCCGGAGGCAAGCUGUAGCACUGAUCUAGGAAAAAAGACAGAAAAUACAUCAAAGAAACGAAGGAAAGGAAAAAGAAGACAUAAAAAAAACAAUAAUCGUCUCGGAAACUCAUCGAUUUGUGAUCAGAAUGAAAAAGCGGUGCUUCAAUCAAAGAUUUAAG